GCGCGCGUCGAGCUUUUCCAUAGAGCUUCCACAUCUCGUGCUGGCAACUUUGUGUUUAUGGUGCUCAACGAGACGGCCAUCAUCAACCAAGGAAUCAGUCCUGUGGAUUUUUCUGUGUUAGUUAGAGCAGUGUUGCCUCACGAUUUAGUGCGUUUUUAGCUAGAACCCUGUGUGCUUUUGGCUGUAUAGUUCCUGUAUGUAAAAAGUUAAAACAAAUUAAUUGUAAAUCAUCAAAAAAAAAAAACAGUUCUAAACAACCAAAUAUAAUAAACUGAAGAAAAAGAAACCCCGAGGAUUAUAAAGGACACUGCUAAAAUAUAUCCAACACAAGGAAGAAGAAGAAAAAAAAGGAGAGAGCUCAAAGUCUCAAUGUUCUAUGUGUUUUGAAAAUCCCCUCCUCCCAAGAGAGCCAGCCAAUAUAUAGGGAGGAACGAAACAAAGAAUGAAAGACAAAUUUAGCUUUGUACACAUACCACGUACAUUCAUGUAAAAAAAAACCUCCCUGCUCCCUUUUAAAGCUAUAUAUCUACAAAUUCACAUGUAAAAUUUGUAUAAUAUACACCAAGUUGUACGGAAAAAUCGUCAAGAGAAGAGGAUAAAAAUAUUCUGUUCUAUGUUCUCUGCACAUUUCUAAGUGUUAUAUGUUCUUUGAUCGUCGUAUGAGAGACUAAAAGGAAGAUUAAAAAAAAUACUUUUUCGCGAAAAAAAACUAAUAAGGUCCAAAAGUCCAAAAGUAGUGAAAACUUUUGAGUAAAAGAAGGUGAAAUAAAAAACAUUUUCGUGUGAAUUUUUAUGGAGGAAAGAAAAAGCAUAAAAAGUAGAAAAAUUUUAUCGAACAAUGCUAUGAAUUAAUUAAAUCCUUCGUUUGUGUAUUCAGCGCCAAUUUAAAGAGAGACAAAAGAUAUAAAAAUUUAUGAGACACUCUAUGUACAUCUCUAGGAAUCCCCAUCAAAAAGGCACCUGAAAGACAAUCCCUGGAAAGGAAAAAAAAAGACCAGCGCUAUUGUAAUUUUCACUUCCCUAAAUCUCCUUGCAAUAAAAUAAAAAUUCAUCAAAUGAAUCACAUAUAUACACUUUUUUGAGUUAAAAAAAAGUCAGUGUGUUUGCAAACACGAAAAUAAAUAGAAAAAAAAGCUCCGUGAAAAAAUAUUACCAUCACCGAAAAAAAUCGGAUUGAACCAUUUGUCCCAGCAGUGAAAAAUUCUUCAUAGCACCAUAGUUUUCCCCAGCUGCAGCACAACGUGAAAAAAAAAAGAAAAAGCGAGAACAAGGAAAAAGUCAUAAAUAAUAGCGAAUUGACUAAUUUAUUAGUUUCAACCCCGUUGAGAGAUACAAUAGAGAGCAGCAAAAGAGAAUCCGAGUGUGAAGAAAAAAAUCCCUUGUGAACAGAGACGAAAUUUCCGCACAGGGUGUCAAGAGGCAAACAACACACACAGAAAAAAACGAACAGAGAGAGCUUUCAGUGUUAUUUGAAAAUUAUAUAAAGUGAAAAAAAGGACAUACAUACACAGAAGAGGAGAAAAUUCAGUAGAAAGCAUAUACCGACUAAUUCAAAUAGAGGGAGCUUUGUGAUAAUUCUCGGCAAAAGUCCAAAAAAGUCAAAAAUAAAAGAAAAUUAUCAUUUGUGAAUAAGAAAUUUGUUGAAAAGUCUCUUGUAAAAAAAAUUCUUCAACUGAUUGAUUGAAUCAAUCUUGCAAGGUACGAUUAACGUGGGAAGAGAAAGGAAGAAGCAUACGAGACACUAAGGAGACUACAUAAAUACUCAACAAACGUGUAGGAGAGAGGAGUGCAACUUUUGUGAAUCAACUUUUUUGUUUUUCUUUGUGCGCGAAGGCAAAAGAUGUUGGCAAUGUCUACACUUAUGAUGCCAGCACCAACAAUGGCUCUGGGUGCACCACCACUUGCAGUUGGGCACCACAAACCACCCGAACCAAAAUUAUUAAUUGCGCACAAUCAACCACAACCAUCGCAUCAGAUCCAGGUUGUCCAGCAGAAUCAACAGCAGCAGCAGCAGCAGCCGCAGCAGCAACAACACAUCAUGAACAACUGCAAACAAGAGAGUCAUCAUAUAUUUGUGGGUGAUUUGAGUCCUGAGAUUGAAACUCAACAGUUGAGGGAUGCUUUCGCACCAUUUGGAGAUAUAUCUGAUUGCAGAGUUGUUCGAGAUCCACAAACACUCAAAUCAAAAGGAUAUGGAUUCGUUUCAUUUGUUAAGAAGUCGGAAGCUGAAAGUGCUAUAACAGCAAUGAAUGGUCAAUGGAUUGGAUCUCGAUCAAUUAGAACAAAUUGGGCAACACGGAAACCGCCCACAAAUAAAGCUGAUCUGAAUUUGAAGCCUUUGACAUUUGAUGAAGUCUACAAUCAAAGCAGCCCAACAAAUUGCACAGUUUACUGUGGUGGAGUAAAUGGAGCCCUUUCGGGAUCCCUGAGCGAGGAUAUUCUUCAGAAGACAUUCUCACCUUUUGGCUCAAUUCAAGAAAUACGCGUUUUCAAGGACAAAGGCUAUGCUUUUAUUAGAUUUUCAACAAAAGAAGCAGCAACACAUGCUAUCGUGGCUAUACAUAAUUCCGAAAUAAAUUCUCACCCCGUGAAGUGUUCAUGGGGCAAAGAGAGCGGUGACCCAAACAAUGCACCCACAAUUGCAAGUCAGGCACUUAGCCACACCGCCUUUCCCUUUGGUACUGCAUACGGACAGCAAGUGGCUGGUUAUUGGUACCCACAGCCACCGACAUAUCCAACAACCCAUACACCAACUGCUGCCCUACAAGGGCAAUUUUUGCAAGGAAUGCAGGGAUAUGCAUAUGGUCAAUUUGCUGGAUAUCAACAAGGAUAUAUGGGUAUGGGAAUGCAAAUACCUGGCACAUGGCAAGGUGUUUCAUCUCAACCACAAAUACCAACUGCCCAGCAAAUUGCUCAGGGAGUCGGCACGGGAAUUCCGCAGACUGCUGGAGUUGUAGCUUAUCCCAUGCAGCAAUUUCAGCUAACUGAAGAUGAAUGGUUAACGCCGAGUCUUCUAGUCUAGCUUUAUUAAAAAUGAAACAAUUUUGAAGAAAUGAAAAACGUGAAAAUAAUUUAAAAAAAAAAACAUUGAGCAUUUAACAAUAUAGAAAAUAAAAUGUUCUCUUAUCUUAAUCCUAAACAUGUUAUCUUAAUAUAUAAAGCUGAAAUGUUUGUUUGUCUGUGGCACAUGAACUCCUCCGAAACGGCUGGGCCGAUCUUGAUGAAAUUUGGUAUGGGGGUAGAGGGGGUCAAUACGAGUUGCAAGCGCUAUAUGGGAUUCCGCCCCAACCCCCCUUUAAAGCGCCCCCACAGAAAAAUUGAUUUUUUCCAUUUUCUACCUGUUAAAGGGUCAGAUAACGGGAUUUUUUUAUUUGAAAAAUUUUUCGGGGUACCUACCGUAUUAUUCAAUUCAUCCCCCUUACUAAUAUACGCCCCCCUUUUAUAGCUUAAAAUGGAGUUUGCUCACACGUGAUUGGGGGCUCGGGUUGACUAGUAUGAAUUAUAUGGAACUUGCAUGCAUACAUGUAAAUGAUUAAUUUAUUUAUAGAAAAUGAAUAUUAUACUAGACGCAGUGGAACAAAGCAUUGAAAAAAAAAAGAAAAUGAGUUUUUAAAAUGAAUUAAAAAAAAUCUGUGAGAGCUACAAAAAAAAACAUUUCAUUAAUUAAAAAAAGAAAAGGCUGGUGCUCUUGAAAAGAAAGAAUCACAGCUAGAAAUGAUUUCAUUGACCCUAUUAUAGUAAUAUUUAAACACCAAUAUUUUCCAUUUGAUUAUGAAAUAAAAAGAAAACUUACAAAUACAUUAUUGGUAUAACCACAUUAUGUGGAGUACUAACUAAUACGUUAUUCCACUGUAUAUGAUAAAUUCAAUAUGUCAUAAUGAAAUAUUCAAAAUAUUGACUUUUAAACAUUAAUAAAACAUGCUUAAUAAUGGGAAAAUAAUAAAAAAUAAAUUUUAAAGAAAUAACAUGUGAAUCCUUUGAAAUGUUUGUGGAAAGUCUUUAUAAUGAGGAAGGAAAAAAAAGAGACAUUAAUAAAAAAAAUUAAUUUAAAAAAAUAUGUCUAAAAAUAUGUGGAAAAGCGAUUCUUUAAGAACUUUAGUCGUAGCAAGGUGUGUCUCAGUUGUAUUAGAUAGAGAGAAGUACAAUUAUACCCCACUUUGUUAACUCCUCGAUUUAUUUCUUCUUACUAAUUCAGCGAAUUGGGGCAGAAAAUCGACGAGUUAAUAAAGCGGAAUGUGAGUGUAAAUGAAAUUAACAACGAACAUAUUACAAAAAGGAGGAGAAUAUUAAAUCUAUUGUUUACUUAUUUUUUUUUUUAAUUUUGUCAUUUUAUGGAGUUAGCUUAAGCUAACAGUGACGAUUAGAAGAAAUUAACCAUAGAAUGAUUUUUGAAGCAUGACAUUUGAUCUCAUACUUCGGAUUUUUGGAUCGAAAAGGACGUGGAAAACAAGGAAAAAAAUUAUUAUAUUGCGUAACAAAACGCAUUACAAAAAAAACCAAUUAUAUGAUAUUACUAUAGUAUAUUAUGAUUAUUAUUAUUAAAAAACAAAAAUGAAGAGAAAUAUAUAUUUAAGUGCAGUUUAUAAACCAAAAAAAAAGUUAAUUGUAGUUGCGCUCUUGCGUAAAAGGAAUAGUGGAAAAAUUUUGAAUAAAAACGGUUCUAGAGAACCAAUAAAUAAUUAUAUUUACAGUAUAAAUAAAAAAUAUACCCCAAAAGAGAAAUGAAGGCAAAAAAAACUAUUUAAAAAAAAUUAUAUUAAAAAAUAUACAAUACCAAUUACCAAAUAAUAUAUUAAAAAUAGACAUUAUAACUAUUACUGAAAGAAAAUUUAAAAAAAAAAAUGAAAAAGCGAAAUAUGAAAAUAAGAAAAUUAAUAAAAUAGAGAAGAGAUGGAAGUUAUGGAUAAAAUCAUAUUAGGCAAAAAAGUAAAACUAAAAAAAUGUAUUAAUAGCAUAGAAAUAAAAGUAGUGUUAAAAUAAAAGAAAUGAAGGUAAAAAAAGAAUAUUAUACCUACAUUAAAUACUUAAUAUUAUUAUUAAAACUAUGUUAUUGAAAGAAAAUUUUCAUGCAAUCCCAAACAUAGACCGCUACUAUAUAUUCUGAUAAAAAUUAAAGCAUUUAUGAUUUCCGAAAACAUUUAUUAUACACAAAUUACAUACUUAUAUUUUCUGUGACGAAAACAAAUCAAAAUGCAUGAACUUUUUCUGACAAAAUUCACUUUCAAGUUCUCUAGUAUCAUUUGUUCUAGAUUCAAGAUAAUUGUUUUUUUUUGUUGAUAUUAGAGAACCCUUAAAAAAAUAACAUACUUAUUUCAAAUCCACAUUGCAAUUUAUUAGAGAAAGUAAAAACAACAAUGAACAAACUUUCUCCGUGUUGUUUUAAUAAAAAAAAUUGAAAGACCAAAAAAAAACAUCUGAAGAGCAUUCUAAUACAUAAGUUUUUAUUCUGAAUCAUAAGAAUUUUCUAAAGGAAUCUAUGAUUAUCAGGUGAUAAAAAUCAAAUUCUCAGAAUUAUUUUUUUUCUCAAUAUAUUAAAGGAAAAUAAUCUUGCUUCACCUUUAAACUUUUUUAUAAUUUUAUAAUAUUGACAAAUCCAAAAAAUUCUUUAAAUGCUCUUCGAAUUAGAAUAAAAAAAAGAGUUUAAAACGGACAAAACAGUUAAAAGUGAGUCUUCAGAGGAUCGAAAAAAUGUGAUGUUAGAAGUCUUCUUGUUUACACUUUUUCUUGGAAAGAGAAAAAGGAAAUGAUCUUAGAUCAGUUGGAACUUGAAUUGUUACUUAGAAGCAACUUUCAAAAAUAAAAUUCAUAUAUUUAUUUAUAAAUAAAAAAAGGUUUAGAGGGAUCAAAGCAAAUGGUUCUCUAUGUUAUUAUUAACUUUACAUUUUUUUAAAAUUCUUUUUCAGAUGCUCUAAGAACAUCCCUGAAAAUAAAUUUUCAAAAUAGACAGAAAUUAACAAAAUUAGGAUCCUAAUAUUUCUGAACACUCUUUUCCAACAGUCCAACAUGCAACAGAAAGAGCGAAAAAAUUUAACCACGAAAAGCCGAAUGAAAGGAAAUGACAAUCAAAAAUAUCAGAAUCCUAAUUUUUUUCAAAAUUAAAAUCUCUGAAUAGCACCAUAAUUUUUUUUAUCAGUGCAUAGAGCUAAAAUUUUGCACUGAAAAUUAAUUUAUAAAUAUACAAAAAAUUGAUCAAAUCAGUUCUUAAAGCAUCUGCUUUUUUUCUUCUUAUUACCCUAUUAUACCAUAUAUAUUAUAUAUAAUUUAUAUAUAAUAUUUUUUUGGGUAAUUCCACAAAAAUGAUAUUCUUCCAAGCGAAAGGCAAAGCAAAAAUGUUUUCACCCUUCUGUCACUUUUUUAUAGAAGCAAUUUGUACAACGAAUUUGUAAAAAAAAAAUAACAUUUAAAUGAGAAAAAAUAUUUAAGCCUUAGCAAAUGGGUAAAUAAAUUUGCAGAUAAACAAAAAUGUGUAGAAGAAAAAGAGUUGAAGGAAUUGUUACGUCAUUUUGUGGAUCAUUGAACAAAGGAAAAAAACCAACAUAGAAAUUAGUUAAGAAAAUUAAAAAAAAAAAGAAACAAAACAUACAUAUAUAUUGGGAAUUGGAAGCGCAACAAUUUUGCUGGUGGAUUAAAAAAAGAAAACCUUAUUUGUAAAGAUAUUAAUAUCUUUAUUUAAUUAAUUUAAAUUUCAACGUAUUAUUUCAAUGAACUGUGAUAGUUCCACUGAAUUAUAAACUUUCUUGCAAUGCAUAUCUCAUACAUAAAGUAUAAAAAAUUAAGAUAUAAAAUUAAUUGUAUAAUAAACAAAAGUAAAUAAGUACAUAUUUAUUAGAAUUUAGUUGUGCAAAAAAUUUAUUCGUAUUUAUUUAUUUCCAACACUGUUUAACCGCUUUUAUAAUUAUCAAUACUUGUAUUAAAAUGAAAAGAAAUUAGAGUCAGAACUGCUUUUCCAUUUUCUUUUUAUUUUCUGAAACAAUUUUUACAUGAAACAAAAUUUAAUGAAGAAAACAUUAAAAAAAAAAUACCAGAAAGUUUUGUGUUGGACCAAUGUAAUGAAAAUUAUCUAUGAUAAUCAACUUAUUAUACAUAUAAAUAUUAUGAAAAAAUCUAUAUUAAUAUAUAAAGAAUAGUUAUUAAAUAAAAAUAAGAGAAAUACAACAAUCAAAUUUCCGGUUAGUGAGAAAAUUUAGGAGAAUGGUUUGUACUUGGCAAAGACAAGAUUUUAAAUGAAUAGAAACAAUUAUAUGAGAGCACAGAAAAAGGAACCACGAGUUUUCAAAAAAAAAAAAAAAACAAUCCUGAUGGUUGCGCAUGUCCUUAACCGCAAGAAAGAUGGCAUAAGACGUAGCUAUUAAUAUCAAUUUACCGCAUAAACUACAAUACUUUACCUACCCCUGAUUAAACUUUCAAAUUGGUUAAAACUAAUGUUGACUCAAUUACCUUAUUUAGACUCAGUCUUGGCCUUAUGUAGACUAAAUUUUUUACUAAUGUAGACUCUGCCUUUCCUUAUGGUGACUCAAUUUUUUUUUAACUUAAGGCGACGUUAAAAAAAAGUAAGACAGCGAAUAUUUUAACUGAACAGAAUGUUAUUAGUGGAAUAGGUAUUGAUCCAUCAAAGGAAGUCUUUUUGUUUGUUUGUGAUAAGCGAAUUCCUCCGAAACCGCUGGGCCGAUCGAGAUGAAAUUCGGUAUGGAGGUGGGGAGAAAAUUGUUUUUUUUUUCAAUUUUUUACCUGUUGAAGGGUCAGAUAUAGGAUUUUUUUUAUUCUAAAUAAUUUGUCGGGGUACUCUAUUAUUCACCCCCUUCCUCCAUCUAUACGCACCCCUAUUAUAGCUUAAUAAUUGAGUCACCAUUAGGUAAAAGUUGAGUCUACAUUAGUUAAAAAUUGAGUCUACAUAAUGCAAAGGCUGAUCAUAAGGGAAAAUUUGAGUCGCGAUAAAGGUAUUGAGUCAACAUUAGUCUUUUUCGGAGUCACGAUGAGAUGGAGUCCUUUCAAAUUCACAACCAUCUUUUUAAAUACAUGGGGAAAUUAAAGAUGAUGGUAAUGGUACACCGAUUUGUCUAAUGUGGACCCCCAUCUGAGUUUCUUAGGUUUUAAAUCUUUUGGUGUCCAAGAAAUCAGCCAUCAGAGUUCCUUUUUUUGUGCUAUUCAAAUCAUUAUACUAUGGAAAAGAAUUGCAGAGAAGUAAUUUAAGUAAAAUAAAAUAUUCCUAAGCAAAUAAAUCAAUGAUUAAAAUUACAUUGCUAAAUUAAGUAUGAAUACAAUGAAAAAAAAUCUUUUUCCUAAAUUAUUGACUGUUUUUUUACAGUUUAUUUUUUAAUUAAUUUAUUUAUAUCUCUUCCUAUUUAUUUAUAUCCUUUAACAAUCGAAAUUCUAUCUUCAUGUAUAAAAUUCUAUGAAGAAUAAAAAUUCUGUUUUCUUAUGUAAAAAUAAAAGAGAAUAUUUCAGUUGAUUUGAAAAGAAUAUUCAAAUAAAUAGAUAUAUUAUUUAAGGUAAUAUAAUAAAUAAAAAAAAAUAUACAAAUAAAUAAUCCCUAAAUCAAACGAUAUUGAAAUGGAGAUAAAUAAUUAAUUCGUUUUGGAACAGAAAAAAAGUUAUAACGUUACAUAUGUUACACACAUAAACAAAGAAAACAAAACUAUCUCCAUUUCACUAAUCAUUAAAUUCAUAAUGAUGAUGCCACUGAUUAUAAAAUACACAUAGAGAUGAAAAGUAUAAAUUAUAUGCUAAAUUAGGAAAUAAAGAAGAAGAAAAAAACUAUUAAAAAAUGGCAAGAAAAUUGUCUAAAAAUCAAGGACUGAUUUUGUUUUCCCUUAAUCGAAACUUAUAUUCAGGCAUUUUUGUUUUUAUUUUAUUCUUUUUAACAAAAUAACUAAUGAAAUAUUUAGCAAUGUAAAAUUAUUACGUUCAAAAUGGAGUGCGAAUGAAAGUAAGUAAUUUAAAAAAAAAAAACGAAUUACUUACAAGAAAUCAUUAUAAAAUGCUUACAUUUCGAGACAGAGUGAUAUCGUGUUUUCAAUUUACAUGAAAACUAAUCAGAACAUUUUGAAUAAAACAAAAAAGUGAUAAAAAAUAAUUUUCUUUUGGAAUGAAAAUGGUUGGGCAUGGAACUAUAUAGCUAUAAAUGGUACAUUUAGCUAUAUAUGGAAAGUGAAGUGAAUGCAUUAUUAAUUUUUGGGGUGACAGUUUGAAAAAAAAUGAGAAGAAAAGAAAUUGAACAGAAUCAAUAUAAUAUCACAGAUUUUAAUCAAAAAAAAUUGUUAAAUGAAAAAACAUAGGCAUACAAAUUAUGUGUAAAAGAAACAUUCAAAAGCACUAAGUUUCUCUUUAAUUCCCUUCUCUUAAAAAAAAAAGGUUUUUUUAGUCUGAAGAUCUGUAUUAUUUAACAAUAUUGCUAUAUUUUUUCAACAAUUAUAACAAGUAUGUACUUUCUAUGUAUGUUCAACAACGCACAAUUUAACUAUUUCCCAGCACAUGAAAUUGAUAUUAAAUUGUUAAAUUUUUUUUUUAUAAGUAAAAUUAGUUAUUCGUUUGAUAACUAGAGACUACCUAUAUUAAUAUUUUAUGAUAAAUUCCCAAGGAGUUGGCACAAAUAACAUUUCUACUCCUCCUCCUAUUCAGUGACUAAGAAAUCCUUGAAAUCCUUAAGAAUUUCAAAGAUCAAAGAAUUCAAAGAAAUCCUUAAAAUCCUCAAGAAUUUCAAAGAUUUCUUAAUCACUGAAUACGAAACCAUUAUUAUUAAUUAAAAAACAACUAAUUAUUUAUUUUAGAAUAAUCCUAUAUUAUGGCCCCCUGAAAUAUUUUGCUCGCGACUAUCCUAUUUAUGAAAAAAAAACACAUAAGCAAUUUCUUAGUGAUUCCAAAUUAUUUCUUUGUCUUGUCAGUCUUAUCUAUGAAACUAUAGCAAAAAAAAAUUGAAUGUUUGUUCCAAAAAAGGAACAGAAAAAAGAAGAAAUUAAAAAAAUAUGUAUUAAGAAAAAAAAUCCGUGCAAUUAUUGUACAUAUUUGUAUGUCUAUGAUCGACCUUGAUCUCUCUCUAUGAUAUAUUUUUUGCCAAUGACAAUCAAAAUUUUGAUGUGUAUGCGACGAAGAAUAACUUACAAUCCAAACUGUUAGAAGAAUAUAGAAAGAGGGAUCAUCAAGAGAUAGAUGAAAUAAUGUAAAUUAUUCAGAAUAGUUGUGAACAAACAAAAAAUGUGAAGAGUAAUUUACCUGUAUACAUUUUAUUGGUAGAAAUGCACAAUUGAUCCAUUCAAUUCCCGAAAUUUGGAUACCCUUCUUCCAGGAUAUCAUCAAUUUAGAAGACACGCACACAAACAUAAUAUGAUCACUGUUGUGAUGGAGUAAUAUCGCCAAGGAAUCCAUUUUAACAGGCCAAUGUGUAGUCAACAAUCUCAAAGCUCAAAAGUUUUUUUUUUAAUAUCUAUAUGGUAUUUAUUUUGUGGAAACUGCUGUAAUUUUGUUGCUUAAUAUAUAUUCCUUCUGUUUUUCCUUUUAUUAGAUCAUUGUAUUAUAGAGCUUUAUGUCCUUCCUAAAGCUAAAUUUCUGUAAAACACACCCAAACACAGCUACAGCUAAAUAAAUAAAUUUAAAAAAAAACUCCUAUGUUGCAAUUUAAUUGUAUGGGAAAAUAUGUGAAGGAUUAUGAAAUAGAUAAGAGAAAAAAAUUACCCAGCAAAUGUCAGUCCUUGAAUAUAGCUCGUAGGUAUUUAAGAGAACAAAAAAAAUACUAAACAAGUUAUGAAUAUAAAUUAAACAUAAAGAAAGAAGAAGAAAUAUUGUAACCAAAAAUAUGUAUGUAACGUAAGGUGGAAAUAAAGAAAAAAAAUCUUCUUCAAAAAA